AUGCAACAAAUGUAUGAAAAGAGCAAGCAUGGAUUUUUAAUAAGCCACAAUUUAAAACGAGAACGAGGGGCAAAAAAAGAAAUGAACGACCUCAUCAAUUCAUAUUCCUCAGUUUCUGAUGGUGUUGUGGAAACAAAUGUACAAGUAAACUCUUCGAGUGAUAUCGAUAAACAACUCGCUUUGGAAUUAAGUGAAUUAAAGCAGAAAAAGGGUGUUUUUGACACCGGGGUUGAUUGCUUACUUUUUACCGCAAUCGAUAAAAACCCAAUGGAAUUUCUCGAAACAAUUUUUUCUGGCGCAAAAAGAGACAACUUUAUCGCAAAAGAAACACAACGAAUUGUCCCUCUUCAGCGCGUCGACAUGGCUUCUUCUCCCGAAAAAUUGCUUACAACAACAAAGGAACUCAUUUCAGAAUUCAAUUUUUCAAAUUACAAAACGUUUGCGAUAAAAUACGCUUGUCGCAACAAUUCAGUUUUUGAUAAAAAACAAAUAAUUGACACAGUUGCAAAGAUGAUGCCUGAUGAUUUAAAAGUGGAUUUGAACAACCCUGAUAUUACACUUUACAUUGAAAUCUUUUAUCGCGGUCUUGGCGUUUCUCUUAUUGAGACACAAAAAGUAGUUCAACUCAUGGACUUCAACAUUCAAAAAUAUUUGAAUGACGAACACAAUUAA